AUGGAUAAAGAAUGUAAAGAAAACUGGAAAUGUCCAGAAUGCUACUUUAAGACGCCAAAACCAACAAAUAUGAAUACCCCAACAAGUGCUAGAGCCUGUGAGGGAAUACAAUCGGAGAAUACACCGUCUCAGAGCUCAAAUAUAACAAUACGUAAACCUAAAAUUCCUAACAACGAUUCAAUUAAUUCUGAAGAUUUAAGCAUACUAGGAGACACGCUAAACUCGCAUCUCACUGAAGCCAUUCAAAGCCAAAACGAACAGACUAAAUUAAUAUUGGAAAACCUAAAAGAAAUGUUAGACACACAAUUAAAGAAUAAUAAUAAGUCAAUAAUAACUGAAUUGCGAGCCACAAUUCAGGGAGAAAUAAACCAAGCAAUAGACAAAUUCAGAGAAGAAAUUAGAAGCGGUACUAUUUACUUAAAAAAAGAAAAUUCACUAAGAAAACUUGAAAUUGGGGAAAUUCGCAAUACCAUAGAAAAGCUGACAAAAGAAAAUGAAAACAUAAAAAACGAAUUAAAAAAAUUGACAACCAGUCUCGGUAGUCUCUCUAGUAUGGCAACAUCAACUACAGAUAACCCGGAAAAAAAUAACAAUAGGACGAUAGUUCUAUAUGGCUUGCAUGAAUACUACAAAGAGCACGAAGACGAUACACAUAAUAGAGUAAUAGAUAUUUUUCGAGAUAUUCUUAAUAUUGAUUUAACAGGAUACAUUGAGGAAACACGUAGAGUAGGAAAAUAUACUUAUGAUUACAAUCGUCCCCUAAUUAUUGAACUCAUAAGCAAACGAACGGUAAAAUUUAUACUAGAAAACACUAAUUACUUCAAGGGAACUGGAUUGUCUGUCAUUGAAUUUUUGGAUAAGAACGCAAGACGAGAAAGGAAAAUUAUGAGGGAACAAAUGAUUAAGGCACGAAAAAAUGGACAACAUGCUAUUAUUAAAAAUAACCAACUUUAUAUUGAGAGAAAAUUAAUAAAAAUAAAACUCGACAACGCUAACAAUUCAUCCGAAGAACAGAUGACUCACUACAACGAGACUGAAAGAUACAGUACUGACCAACCUGGUCAAUCAGCCUUGCCUAAUUAUGACGCCUACCAACAACACUCUAACAACAAUUCCUUUCGCAAAACCAGAUAUAGUUCUGAAAAUCCUCUACCAAAAUUUCCAGAGUCUUUACAAUAA